AUGGCGGGGGAUAGGAGAGACCAAACUAAAGAGGGGGUUAGAUCGAGAAAUGAAGGGAGAGAUAGGACCAGAAAGAGCGGGAAUAAGAAGAACUUGAGGAGGAUAGAGAGGGACAUAAAGCCUGACAAUCUGCUUGUCGAUUCUAAUAACAACUUAAAGCUGGUUGACUUUGGUUUGGCUAAGCAUUUAGCAAAAUCUGUGGGCAAGCACUCCCAGUUGGGAACUCCAUAUUAUGCAGCGCCAGAGGUUCUUCAAAAAAUAGAAUAUAAGAGCUCUCUUGAAGCUUUUGCUGCUGAUAUAUGGAGUUUGGGUUGCGUAAUCAUUGAAAUGUUCUCAGGGGAGCAUCCUUGGCCUGGUUUGGAAUGGCAACAGGCGUUCUGUAAAGUUUGUAUUAAUGAGGAACAUCCGCCCAUACCAGAAGGAUUAUGCGAAGAUGGUAAAGAUUUUCUGGAACUCUGCUUCACAAGAGCUCCGGCCCAGCGGCCUUCUGCUGCAGCAUUACUACGCCAUCCCUUUGUAAAAGCACAAAACAACUUAACUUGCCGAUGGAAGAAAGAACAAUGAUUGAUGUUCUACGUUGAAGGUAUUGGGACUUUAGUAUGAUAUAUAUAGCUAAGGUCUUAGUUUAUAUAACAAGGCACAUCUCUUCAUUU